AUGGAUCCUACUCUAGUAUCCUCACCGUCAAUGACAUGCGAGUCAGAUUGGAGGGGACUGAAGGUCAAUUUGUUUGCUUUUGAUUUUGAUGGCACAUGUACUCAAAAGGACACCACAAGUCUACUGUACAAGGCAACAGACAAGUACCUCGCUUCCACAGAAGCAGAAAGGAAACAACUUGACGCUCUCUGUAGUGAAUUAGGGAAAAAAUACUGGAGUGGGCAUCAUGAUGUUGUCUCAAGGUCACUUUCUGUUAAUGAUUCUCCUAGUUUUUCUGCUUAUAAUGAAAAAGAACUGAGGUCAUUUCUGCAAAAGGUGUAUGACUAUGACUUGACAAUGAUGAAGCAAAUCGAGGGAAGUAAGAUUCUACAAGGAAUUUCCAAAGAGAGUAUCAAGGAAGCUGCAGAGGAAGUAAAACUUAAUCCUGGCUGCUUGAAUGUUCUUAACCAUGUCAACUUGCCUCUGUAUCUCAUUUCUGUCAACUGGUGUCAAGAUCUGAUUCAUGCCAAGCUGGGUCACCUUAAACAUUUAAAUAUCUUUGGAAAUAACCUUCCUCUUGAAGGCGUACUUUCAUCAGGCCAUUUAGGCAAGACUCUUUCAAGCGCUUUUGACAAAGAGAGAAUUUUUGAGGACUUGAUUGGAAACAUAACUGAAAGAUCUGAUGGAGUUUCAGUGUUUGUUGGAGAUUCAAUAACUGAUUUGCUAGCUUUGCUGAAGUCAGAUGUCGGUAUACUGAUCGGAAAGAGUCAAACUUUCAGGAAAGUAGCCAAGUCGUUUGGA